AUGGAACCAACGAGUGAAGUAGAUCUACGCCAACUCAUUCAAAGUUUCAAGAGGUUACGCGUCUUGGAUUUGCAUGAAAAUAAUGUUGAGAAGGUGCCAAGGUCCAUUUGUAAGUUGAAAUAUCUCACAUAUCUCGACCUCUCUGGCAAUUAUAAACUGAAAAGGCUUCCUAAAUCCAUUACGAGAUUGCAGAAUUUGCAAACACUUAAUCUUUGUGGUUGUAGGGCCCUUGAAGAAUUGCCAAGGGAUAUAAGGAAGUUAGUCAGCCUUCGAAAUCUAGACAUAGAUUAUUGUGAGAAACUUAGUUAUUUGCCACGCGGACUAGGGCAAUUGAGUUCUCUACAUAGGCUAACGCGCUUCAUUUUGCCCCCAAAAAAAGCUCUUGCUAAGAAUGGUUGUGAAAUUGGGGAGCUAAAAGAGCUUAAUAACAUCCUGGGAAGCCUUUGCAUUGAGAAUUUGGGAAGUGUGACAGAUGUCAAAGCAGAAUCCAAGGCUGCGAACUUGAUAGGGAAGCAUUCUCUGGAAUCUUUGGAACUUCAAUGGGGCGAUUCCGAUAUUGAUGAUUCAGUAAUUGGGAAUGGAGAUGAAAUGCUAUUAGAUGGACUGAGGCCACACUCAAAUCUGCAGAAGUUGAGGAUUAAAGGAUAUAAAGGUGAGAGCUUUCCAAGGUGGAUGACGGAUAGCCUUGUGUCUUCUUUGCCAAAAUUAGUUGAGGUACACUUCGUCGAUUGCGGAACAUGUAAACAUCUCCCUCCAGUGGGCCAACUACCUCACCUCAAGAUUUUAGAGAUUGGGUGGCUGAAUGAAUUGGAAUACAUCGAGUCGGACCAUUCAUCCACUUCAGCGGCAUCAUUUCCUAGUCUAUUGGAAUUGAAGAUCGCUAGCUGUAAGAAAUUGAAAGCCACGCCACCAGCUCCACAUCUCGAGCGAUUAAGGCUGUGUUGGUCCCACCCAGCGUUGAUAAAUAUGAUAGUUGGCCUUAAUAAGUUGGAGAGCCUGGAAAUUUGGGGGAUGGAGUCUCUAGAAUGUGUGCCCGAGGAGUGCUGGAAAAGUCUCACCUCACUCGAAUCUCUUAAUAUCGGUAUUUGUCCUCGGUUAACUUCCCUCUCAACACCAAUACCACUGGGUACGUGGCAUCAAUCCAACCUGGUGGAUCUCCAUUCUUCGGAUUCUGCGGAGCUUGAUUUAUCCAACUACGUCGAAAGCAGCGGCGGCAACAACCUCAGCCUCAUCUUGGAACUUCACGGUCUCCGCUCCGUGACACUCCAACAACUUCCAAAACUAGCAUCUCUCCCACUGUGGCUUCUCCAGCUCAGCAAUCUCGAGGAUCUCACUAUUAUGUAUUGUGAGGAGCUGGAUUUAUGCAAAGACGAAAGCGGCAACAACAACAACCUCAUCUUGGAUUUCCAUGGAGGACUCCAUCACAGUCUCCACUCCGUGGAUCUCUUUGGACUUCCCAAACUAGCAUCUCUCCCACAGUGGCUUCUCCAGCUCAGCAAUCUCGAGCGUCUCAGAAUUGAGGAUUGCGACAAUUUGAAGGAAUUACCAGAGCAGAUCGUGGCUCUUGAAUCACUUCAGAAGCUUCAAAUCAUCAAGUGCCCCUCGUUGACGUCAUUACCCGAAGGAAUCCGAAGGCUUGCGUCCCUUACUCACCUAAGAAUCUGCGGUUGCCCAGAAUUGGAGAGGAGGUGCACGAGAGAUGUAGGCGAGGACUGGGACAAGAUCGCUCAUAUCCCCCACAUAACUCACGAGGAAUUUUCUUCUUUCUGAAGGUAUGCGAGGACC